GUACUCUGUGUCUAAAGUCGUAAAAGUUGUCAAUUGUCAAAUUGUCAUUCAAUAUUUAAUUUCGUUUCAUACGCCUCUAAGCGUUUUUUUACAAUAAAUAGAAUAAUUUUUAAUUUUAAAGUCAUUAUGGAUGUCUUUCUAAUGAUUAGGCGAAAAAAAUUAACCAUUUUCACAGACGCCAAGGAUACAACAACAGUAUUAGAAUUGAAGAAAAUGAUCGAAGGUAUCCUGAAAGUGCCACCAGCGAGCCAGAUGCUGUUCAACAAAGACAGUCAGCUCAUGGAAGAUGAGACAACCCUCGCAGAGUAUGGACUCACAUCAGCCACCGCCAAAGCUCAGUGCCCUGCACCUAUUGGAUUGGCUUUGAGGAAGGAUAAUGGCGAAUUUGAGGCCCUGGAUUUGACUCCAUACUCAUCACCCCCAGACCUCCCUGAUGUAAUGAAGUCUCAAGAGACCAAUGGACAGGAACAGAUGGAUCAGCAUUAAACGGCUCGGCUGCAUUUCGAACGGAAGAGUUGCAAAUAAAAACAUAAUGUCAUCACGGUUUUAUAACAUGCCUAGUUCAACGUGAACUAGACGGACGUAACCUUAAUCUUUUGCAUAUGGACAUAUUUUGUUAAUGUUUUAUCAAUUUGUGUUCAAUUUUAACAUAUUCUGUUAUGUCUACUCAAUUCUUUGUAGUAUUUUUGUAAUGCUUUGUAUGACGGGUGUCUUAGCGCUUAUUGCAAUUUUAUUGAUUCUAAAAAAAAAAAUUAAUUUCAACUCCUACGAUUGAUGUUUACCUAGUACUAUUUUGUUGCUGUCGGCUCUAAAUCUUGUGACAUGUACAAGAUUAUAUUAAAACUAAUGUAAUAUAUAUUAAGCCCACGGUCGACGAAAUGGAAUAAUGGUGCCCUUUAGGUACCUUGUUACAGUGACGUAACUAGUUUAUUAUUGUUUACCAUAGUUUUGUUACAAAUAUUAAUUAACUCCCAAAUACGUCACCCUCACAGCGUUUCGAGGCGAAUAAUGUAUCUUUGAUCGAUCGUAUCAGCGGCGUUUAUAGGUGUGCUCUCUUCAUUCUAGUUUCCACUUUUCGAGUACAUUGUCUUAAUUAUAAUACGGGCCGGCCCUCAUUAACCACUUGAGGUCUCGUAACGUGCUACUUCAACGAAACCCUUAAGUGUAUAUAAAUUUAACUAUGUGGUCUAGUAGUGCGAUUAUGCACCUUAGUGUCUAACAUAAAAGGAUUUAUUUCAAAUAUGUUACAGGCUAUUUGCCUACCAAAUAUACCUAAUAUAGCAGGACAUACACCACAUAUAUAAUGUACCUGUUUCACAGUUUUCAUUUGAUACGACCUUGGAUUUUGAAUUUGCAAUCCGCGUAUUUCAUCCAUUGUGGCUUCAUUAGAUAUACUAGGCGUUCACAUUAUAAAAACAUUAUAAAAUUGUCGACUUGUCACUUUCACCUCAUGUAUGACGGUUACCGAGCCGUGCUCGCACUAAUAUUAACGCAUAUUACUAACGCUGCAAUACAUUCAUGGCUUGACGCUUAACUUUUAAAGUUUUCACAUAAAAGUAUCGUUGUUGUACGAAUUACAACUCACCAUUCCCUAUGUAGUUUGUUUAUUAUAUUUUUAGCUAAAUAAAAUAAUACGGUGCAUACGACACUUGAAGCUUUAUUGUAGGUAGUUACAAUUUCUAUAUCUUUUUUUUUUUUUAAGUCACCUCUUUGCUAACAUAUUUAAUGUAUCCGAAGCUAAGAACGAGAACUAUACAUCUUAAAUUUAUAUUAUAAACAGACUACAUAGAACCUCUUUUAAUAUAAAUGACAUCAUUCUCUUUCACACGCGUGCGAUAGAAAGAGACUGCUGCAUACAAAGCCAAUUAUUAUAAAAUGCGUCACGUCAUUUAUAUUGCAUCGAGACAUUCAAUGUGAGUGUACACAGUAUAUGAUUUUAUUAAAAUUAAUAAUACGAUAUUUAACUGAUAAUAGACUAGAAGAACUAUAGGUAGUAGCUAAUUUAAUAGGGGGUAAAUUAGGGGCUUUUUAUAUUCGUAAAUUGUAAUUCCUGAGGGGGGGUCUAUCAUGAAACGCUCCGAAAUGCCGUGCGUACGAUAAAACAUGUUUAAUACCUAAAUGAGCCAAUAGACAACAAGUGACGUUUCGUUCCCUGCGUUCAUCGUGUUCGAACAACCGCAAUGAUUACCUUAUUGAUAGCAUUUCUUUCCUUUAUUUAUUAUUGAAUUCUUGUUCCUUUCGGUUCCGAAAUUUCGGAGUGUUUCAUGAUUAGUAGGCUGGAUAGCAACAUUCUUCAUUGUGAUUUAAAUUAAAUGUAUCUUCGUGUUAAAUCGAAUGUCAUCUGUAGUUCCUCAUCACUAAAGGUUACUACUUUUUUUUUUAACUAUUGUUUCUAUGUAAUAUUUUCUAUUGCACCUUUUUAAAAGAAAAAUAUUCUGUAUAUUUUGGAGGACUGGAUAAUCCUUUAGUAAAUUCCACAUAUUACGGUGUAUUUUAGCAACUAGAGUGGUUACCAAAGCUGUGAGUAUAACCUAUCGUCGCUAUAAUGCUGAAUCCUGUCACAAACAUUUCCCGCCAAAAUAUUUUUUUUUAAACUAAUUUCUUUUUUAACUCUUCACCGUUCCAUUAAAACAGAAUUAUAUAAAAAAAAAACUAAAUUUUUUCAUACGUCAAAUUUUACACUCAGUCUACAAAAUGGACGGUAUAAUUUAAAAAAUGUCGAUUCCCAAAGCUCUAAAUGUGCGCGUAACAGAAUUCAGCAUAAUUUGCGGCGAUAUGUUGACAGAUCUGAAUACUUGGCCUCUAGGUUUGCUAAGUAUGAUGCAUUAAUAUAUCUGAAUACAAAAAUGUCAAAUACAUUUUCCUUUUCAAAUUUAAUCCAAAAAUAGUAUAAUUGGGAUAUUAAAUGGUAUUGCACUUUAAUGCACUAUAAAAUAGAAUAGUAAAUUGAUAUAUAAGUACCAUUCUCUCGUAGACAUCGUAAUGUGUUCUACAAACCGCUACCAUGAAUUUGUUACGUGGCGUCUCGAAUUUGAAUGUUUUGUACCAUAUUUUGAUUUAUUUUUUAUUCCUUCGACUUAUUUGUGAAAGUUUAUGGUAGCGGUAUAUGGUCCCGGAAUAGUCAUGUACAAGGGAUCACUACCGAACUAAAAUAAGUUGAUGUUUAUACUCAAUAUUGUUUUACUGUGGCUGGACAGUAGUACUGUGAUCGAGUAAGCAGCAAUACAUUCAUUAUGUAUUCUAUUGGUUAUUACGUAAGUGGUCGCAUCUAAGCUCUCGCGCCGUGAAGGUUUUACAUACCAUUUUUUAGAACAAUUUAAAAACAAAACCUCGUCCAAUCAAACGCGAUGAGUCUUAGACAAAGAUAACUAGUGUAGUAAUUCAUGUGCAAAUAUGGAAAAUCCACAAUGAACCAGCAGAAAAUAAAGCUGUUUUGAUUUGU